AUGUGCUCACAAAAAACCCAAAAAAACAUUUUUCUGAGGUUCCUCGGUUCAUUUUUUCAUGCAUUCGCCAACAGGUUGAUCCACCUUGGUCAACAAAAUGGUGACCGCCGAAAGUGGAUCCAUCUCUUUGAAACCGUUAAUGCUAUAUUCUUCUUCGCAUCUUUAACGGACUUCAUAGAAUCUGGCAGCACAGCUCAGUUUAAGAGUAAGAUGGAUGAAAGUCUCGACUUUUUCCUGUUUCUGCUAAACUCAGUCUGUCUCUCGAAGAAGGAUAUAAUUAUCUUUUUUACGAAGAUGGACCUACUGCCAGAGGUCUUUGAGAAGACGUCGGUGCAAUCAGUUUACGAAAAUUAUGAAGGCAUUUAUACGGCAAAUGUUGGAAAACCCCUCUAA